GGACCCGGCAUCCCGUUGCGCCGGUGUUGGUCCCGUUUACGUUGUAGGUGCUCUGCCGGCAUAGAUAACAUAGCAGCUCAGCGACCGCAGUUCGGUUGCUGUGGGGGGCCCUCGUUCAGAAUCCUUUCGCUUUCUGGUGCUGCACGUGUCCCGCGCGAUCAAAGUUCCCUCUUUCCUACGCAUCAGAAUGAAAUCGAUAGGGAAUAUUGGGCUGGGCAGUGUCGCGGCCGGCCUGGCGUUAUGUGCAAUCCUCGCGCCACUUGCCUCUGCCGCGGAGCUGUGCGGCCUUGAGCCCACUCCCUCGUGCGGUGGCGAUAUUCGCGAGUAUAGCGCAGCCAUGCGCCCCUCUGACGAGGCGCUGGCGUUCGACAACUUGCCUGGCUUUACACGCAGCGCGAGCCAUUUCGACCACGCUGUGGUUAGCGUCGAGAGCCGUGUAUGGGCCGGACAGCGCGGUUGGAAGAAGGCGACCACUGCGCAUAUCGUCUCGCCGGCGCGUGGUGCCAACUUUGCCAUGUAUCUGGCGGACAUGGGCGAGGAGUCGUCUGGCGAGCCUGCCGCCGCGGGCGUGGAGCGCUUCGCGAUGGUUCUGACGGGCGAGGCAUCGGUGCGCCAUGGGAAGAAGAACAUACAGCUGGGGCCCAACAGCUACGCAUACUUCCCGCCCAACUCAACCGACGUGCUCAGCAGCGAGGAUGGCGCUGGCCUGCUCAUCUAUGAGCGGCUCUACUCGGCCGGCGGCAAGCCCGUCUUCUCACACGGCGAAGUCGAGGAGUCUCCGCUGCUGCCCACUGGCCCCGAGGUGUUCAAGCUGCGCAAGCUGCUGCCGCAGACGACCGACUAUGACUUCAAUGUCCACAUCAUGGACUUCCAGCCCGGCGAGUACCUGUGGGUGAAGGAGGUGCACUACAACCAGCACGGCCUGCUCCUGCUGGAGGGCAAGGGCAUCUACCGGCUGGGCGACAAGUGGUACCCGGUGCAGGCCGGCGACGCCAUCUGGAUGGCCCCCUACGUGCCGCAAUGGUACGCGGCGCUGGGCUCCACCCCCACCCGCUACGUCAUCUACAAGGACACCACAGUGGAUCCCCUGCUGGGCUGAGCAGCCGGAGGGGCGGCCGGAGGGGCGGCCGGAGCAGCUCAGCGCGGUGUGGAGGCGGCAAGGGCGGGCAGGCGGUCUUGGGAAUGGGUAGCUGCGGUGGUUGUGUCGGUGGGGCCGGCACUGCUGCCUAAUGUGAGGGUGGCGGAGCCGCGCGCGUUGUGAGGGCGGCAGCCGGGCACGGCCUGCACAGGUGGAGGCGCGAGCGCGGGCGUACCUUGGUGGGAUGGCCCCGGAGGUGCGCCAGCAUUCAUUCGGGAACGGACCGCGUUCAGUCCUCUUGUCCAAACAUUGACGGCGGACGGGCUAGCGUAACGCGGAGCAAGCGUGUGCAAACCUUGCGUGUAUGUGCGCGUGUGUGCGUUUGCGUGUCGUCUGGCGGCUCGUCGACGGGGUUUACCUACGUACUUGAUAUGCGUGCGAGGCGGCCUGCAUCUAGCUUAUCCGCCUGGGAGCAUAUAUACCGCAUCCGGUCGUGCAGGCUCACAGACAGAAAGUUUUGUGGGGGCGCUGCAGGCGCAUGUAGACGUUUCGUGGGGCGGUGCAGGCGCAUGUGGAAGUUUCGUGGGCGGUGAAGGCACACAGGCAGAACGUUUCGUGGGGCGGUGCAGGCACAUAGACAGUGGAUUUAAGUGAGGCUUAGCUGCGGCACUGGAUGCUCCAUGGACGCACCGUACUGCUGCGCAUGACUCGUGAUACCGUAUCAGCUCUCGUGAAACUGAAUCUUGGCCCUUGAAUACUUAACAUUCGAAGCAUUCGUAGAAGAAAUGCCGCGAAAGCGCUCUGGGUUCUCACUGUGUAAAUUUCUCUGCAC